AUGGCGGCUAAACCUCACUGGCAGGUUGGCUGGUGUUCAGUCAACGCACAGGUCCGCAAACUGGAGGUGAUCCUCGCAGCUCUGAACGAGACCUUAGAGAUUAAUGAGGAAAAGUGCAAAUGGAGCAUCAAACUCAUUCACAGCAGGGACAUGUUGGCUACAUUGCAUCUUCUGGUUGCGAUGGCGAGGCGUUUCCAGCCCGAUCUGGUCCUUCUUGCUAAUGUCAGUGUGGAGGUUAUCCAGUGUGAGGUCACCAAAAGUGGCAUCAAGUCAGACAAACAGACAGAAUUCAUCACUUGUCAAAGCAAUUCCAGUGAAGAUCUUCAGAGAGAAUCUAACAACGAAUGUCCCAUCGAUGAGCUCUUUAAACUGGAAGUGCACAAAAUUGAGACAGUGAAAAAGGCUAUUUUACACUCUUUGAAUAAGAACAUGUCAUCUCUUGGACUAAACGUGACUGACCUUGAAAAACAGGGAAGAUAUAAGUCAUACGGGGAGUGUCAUGAGGUUGAGUAA